UGGGUAUCACCCGCAAUGCAGCGCCAGGCAGGAACAAUGGACCAAGCCGGAGUCGCCCGGUCCAUCUCCCCUAAAUACGAUCUCAACCUGCAUUUCACCUCAGGUAUAUGCGCCACUGUGCUUUUGGCUCGAACAGAGAUCUUGAAAUCAAUUAUUGGCUCAAAUGCGUGGCCAGAAGCCCCGUUGUCGGCGCACCGGGCUAGCCUCCAGGUUGAGCUGGUCCCAGAGUUGCUGGCGCGACUCCGUACGGAGAUUGGCAUCAACAAGAUGCUGAUCGCGUACGGAAUUACCGAGACAACUUCGUCACUUCGGUCACUUCGGUCACAUUUGUGACGGGCCUGGAUGACACCGGAGCAGAGUCAUCCCCAUACCGCGGCCAAGGUGAUUGACCCAUCGCACGGGGCGCGCGGGCAGCACAGCGAGCUCUGCACCGGUGGGUUCAACUUGCAAAAGGGGUAUUGACGUGACUACCGAUAAGCCAAAACAAAGGAGGUCAUGCGCCGAGACGCUGAUGGUGUACUCUGCGGCGGUGCUGCAUGACGCGGGGUAUGCG